UCCGGGUGCGGACGUUUGAAUUAUCCAUCUCGCAUUUGCUUUCAUUUUAAAUACUGCAACGCACACUCCAACGUAACUUUGUAAAAAUAACCCAUACCCAUCAUCAAAAGGGACCAAAGCCCAAUCAAGAAACCAUGUCAGAAGAAGUCAUUCUACACCAUUACCAUGCAUCGCCCUAUGCUCAAAAGAUUAUCUUGGCGUUGGCAUUGAAGGGUAUUCCAUUCCGGUCGUUGAUUGUUCCGCCGUACCCGCCGCGAAAGGCGACGAUACCGUUGGCAGGAGGGUAUCGAAAGAUUCCCAUUCUGCAAAUAGGAGCGGAUAUAUACUGCGAUACGGCAUUGAUUUUGGAGGAAUUGGAGAGACGGUUUCCGGAACCUAGUCUUUUGCCCAAAGAUCAAAAGGGGAAUGUCGAUGGUGCUUUGGAGUUUGCGUAUCGGAUGUGGUGUGAUAAACACUUUUUUCCGAACGCUGUUGCUCUCCUACCCUACGAAAGCCUCCCACCAGUCUUUCUGUCCGACCGCGCGAAAUUCUCGAACCGUUCACAAAUCUCGGUGGAAAAAGCAAAAGAAAAUCGUCCGAUUGCUCGGGACCAAGUUCGUAUCUCGCUGUCAACCAUUAACGCUCAGCUCUCUGAUGGACGUUCAUUCAUUUUGGAUACACCCCGUCCGACGACUGCGGAUAUUCAUGCCGUCAUGUGUGUGUGGUUUUUGCGGACCUUUCCUGACGAACGAAAGCGGCUUGAGGAUGGUUCGUAUGGAGAUGUGAAAAAGGUUUUGGAAUGGUAUCAGAGGCUUUAUGGCCUCAUUGGGCGUCCUUCGUCAUUGGGGAAACCCAUCACGGCUGAAGAAGCGUUGGACGUUGCCCGGAGGGUACGGAAGGGGGUGGAUGCUAUUGGAAAGAGUGAGCCGGAUGAAGUGGGCCGGCAGAUUGGCGGGUUGGUGGUGGUCACCCCUGAUGACACGGGAAGGGUACCGGUUGUUGGAAAGUUGGUCAAGUUGGAUCAAGCAGAGGUCGUGGUGAGAGUCGAAAAUCAAGAAUUGGGCUUUGAGACGGAUGUUCACUUUCCCAGAUUGGGGUUCGUGGUCGUCCCCUAUUCUGACAAGACGGCACGCCUGUGAAAAAAGAAUCCUUGUACUGCGUGCUGUGUGAGUAAACUUCCUGUUUGACACGACAUUGGGACGAAUUUGGUCUUUUGUGUGUGGUCGGUCUCACUUGACAUGUGUUUAUGCAUGGCCGUAAACCCUCGGUAGUCCAACCCAUGUAUUCUAGAAUCAUAUAUGCCUACUCUAUCAA